AGGGCAUCUCCCCCGCCACUACCGACAAGGAAGUUCAAGACUUCUUCAGCUUCUGUGGAAAGAUCACAUCCAUGUCAGUCACUCCAUCCUCGGCUGAAGCAGAUGCCCCCAAGUCUGCGUCUGUAACAUUUGAGAAAGAUGCAGCCGCUAAGACUGCCCUCCUCCUCGACCAGACCCAAUUGGGCUCCGCCGUUGUGCACGUCAAGGCAGCGCAGACUCUCGAUGAGAUCGCCGGCUCCCACAGCGCCACCGCCGCCGAGGCCAAGGAUGAGAACAACCACACCCUCGAGCAAGAGGACAAACCCCGCUCCCGCAUCGUCGCAGAGUACCUCGCACACGGCUAUGUAAUUAGCGACAAUGCCAUCCAGAAAGCCAUCACCCUAGACCAGAAGCACGGGUUCUCGUCGCGCUUCACGGCCGCCCUGACCAACUUCGACAAGAAGACCCACGCUUCUGAUCGCGCCAGAGGACUCGACGAGAGCUAUCAGAUCAGCAACAAGGCCGCUAGCGGAUGGCAGGGCCUGAACAAUUAUUUCGAGAAGGCUCUGAGCACUCCCUCGGGCCAGAAGCUGCUUGAUUUCUACACCCGUACCGAUAAGCAGGUCCGUGAUAUCCACAACGAAGCUCGCAGACUCGCCGACCUGAAGAGCGGCAAGCCCGCAGCCGAGAGCGGCCAUGCUGCUCCUCCAGUGACAGAAGCUGCUGCUGCGCCAUCAACCGAGAAGGCCUAA